AUGUCCCGUUUCUCACUCUUCAAAACCAAGCAUUGGCGUCAGAAGACAGCACAAGCAACACAUUCUAACCUCGAUAUCGAGAGCUUUCCUUUGGGAAUCAAGAUCCUUUUCGAUCCGCCAGACGCAGGGCUCGACAUUGUUUUCGUCCACGGCCUGACGGGCGAUCGAGAGCGUACAUGGACGAGCCAUGCUACUGGGUUGUGCUGGCCAUCUGACCUCCUCCCGACCUUAUUGCCUGAUGCGAGAGUCUUGACGUUUGGUUAUGACGCCUAUGUGGUCCGGAAUCAUGGGCCCGUCGCACAAAUUGAUAUUUCACACCACGCAAGCGACCUUCUGAAUGCUCUCGCCAACGAGAGACACAGCGACGGCUUGGCUACCAGACCGCUCAUCUUCGUGGCCCACAGCCUCGGUGGUGUCCUGUGUAAAGAUGCCCUUCGCAUCUCUGAGGCUAGCGGAGACGCCAAUCCAGCUGCCAUAGUCGAUCACACCUGCGGUAUCAUCUUCCUCGGAACACCACACGGAGGUAGCUGGCUCGCUUCAUGGGCCAAGAUGCCCGCUGCAAUGCUCGGCCUGGCGAAGAGAACAGAUCUGAGCCUCCUUUCACUAUUGAAACCCAACUCCGAGGUACUGUCACGUAUUCACGACGACUUCCUCUCCAUGGUCAGACGCAGAGGGUCACAACAUCAUCCAAUACAGAUAGCGUGCUUUUACGAGACUCUACCCCUAGUCGGGAGAAUUCAGAUCGUCGACCAGCUGUCCGCCACGAUACCGGGUUUCAACAAUAUAUCAAUACACGCAGACCACCGGGAUGUUGCGCGCUAUGCCUCGGCUGAGCACCCAGGCCUCAAAAGUAUUAUCGGCAUACUAGAGCGUUGGGUCCAGCCAGACGUUACGACCGGCGCCCUGGGUGCUGAUGCCAAAGCAUUUCUUGAGACUCUCUCGUUUUCGGAGAUGGGUGUCCGACAAGCUACAAUUGAGCACGCUCAGACCGGCACCUGUCGCUGGAUCCUGGAAGACCUUCACUACAAAGCUUGGGUAAACUGUCCGGACCUCGAUCAAUCACACGGCCUUUUAUGGAUCAAGGGCAAACCGGGCAGUGGGAAAUCGACACUCAUGAAAUACAUUGCAUCUGAGGCACCUAGACCUAGAGGAGUAGUAAGACUUACUUUCUUCUUCAAUGCUCGAGGCGGUGAUGAGGAACGUAAUGCGCAGGGGCUAUUCAAAACUUUCCUCCAUCAACUGGUGCAAGAGUCUCCUUCCAUGACAAGUCGGCUUCUAACGCAUUUUAGAAGGAAGAAGGCCAAAGUUGGCAACCGGCCUGUCGUCUGGAGCCCCGCAGAGCUGCGAGAUCUAUUCUUUGAGACGAUUCAGUUCAACUCCAGAACUGCAGUCGAGAUCUUUGUUGAUGCUCUCGACGAGUGCAAGGAAGAGGAGGUUCGCACCAUCAUCGCUGCCUUUGAAAGAUGUGCAGCCGAAAGCAUGGCUAAGAGGUCUCGAAAUCUCAAGAUCUGUUGGUCUAGCCGACACUAUCCUCACAUCAGCAUCAUCAACGGAUUCGAGAUCAGAGUCGAGAAGGAGAAUCUUGGAGAUAUAUCCCUCUAUGUCCACCACCACAUGGCCAGAUCAGAACGCCAACAAUCAUUCCAGACUUUGGAAAAAAGGAUUGUUGAAAAGUCCAACGGCGUGUUCCUUUGGGCAGUCCUCGUCGUCCACAGAAUAUGUAAACUUGCCGACAAAGGUCUUCCCGUUGCCCGAAUCGAGAAAGUCAUCCACGAACUGCCAUCAGAGCUGAGCAAGCUCUAUUCCGAGAUCUUCUCGACACUCGACCCAGAGUUGGCAGAAGAUAGUGCCAACCUGAUGUACCUUGUAUUGUACGCAGGCCGACCUCUUGAUACCGAUGAGCUUCGGAUCGGACUCGAGUUUAUGAGAAGUACCUAUCCUUCUUCACUAGAAGGCUUUGCAAAUUUGUCAGAGCAGGUGUCUUACUUUAGGAACUUUGUUACUGGACUUUCUGGAGGACUUCUUGAGGUAAUCGACUCUGGCGUUCCUGUAGGGCCUCAAGGUCCUGAUCUGGAGGAGUCAUUCAGAGUCAAGGACUUCCCGUUUGGAAGGCAAUCAGGGUCUCGAUCCGAUUCUCGAGAGCGAUGGCAUAGCGCCAUGGCGCAAGUGAAUUCGAAGCGCCCAAUAGCUGACAGACAGAAUAUGUCCCCCGAUGUGGAAACGAGAUGCAUCGUCCAGGUAAUCCACGAAACAGUCCGGGACUACUUGAUGAACGACGGCUUGUGUCAUCUCCCCGGAAGAUCCUCGCCUGUGCCAAUGGACUUUCGUGCAGGCCACCUUCAUCUCUAUCAAAUGUGCAGUCGUCUAAUGGCGACCGAUGAGUUGAGCUGUGUUCUUUCAGGAUCGCAAUGCACGUCGUUACUUGGCUCGACUCCAGCUCUUGUCAAGUUAGGUUGGCGAUGGUCAGGCACAACGAUCGUCCACUACGUGAUGGCAUAUGCUUUCUUGCACUUGAGAAACUCCCAAUUCUUCGACGCGGCUGAUCAGUGUGGGCCUCAAUGGGCCGUUCUCGGCCCAAUUCUUCAACGGAACGUGCAUCCAGCCGCGAUCAGGGAGACCAUCUUCCGAUGGGAAUGUAUUCGAGCUUACGACAUGGCGGACCGCCGGAGUAAGCUCCCAUUGAAAUUUUCAGAUUACUUCGAGAUUAUUGAUAGAGACUUGUCCCCUAUUCUAGAGGCAACGAGUCUCAGGUUGGCAGAUUUCGAAUUCUGCGUCGCCCUGGGGCAUGUGGCUCUCCUGGCCCUUCACCGGCACGGAUACGCUUUUACGUGGAAUGGCCUGGUUGAGGUUAUCUGCGCAGCAGCACAUCAUGGGACUGUGGAGGAAUUGGGUGUCCUCUUGCGAACCUCCAACAACAAGCAUUUAGACUGGGAUGGAGGGAUACGGCCACUCUUGAUGGCAAUCCAAUCACGCCGAGUGACGGCUGUGGAGAUGUUACUGACCAAUGGCGCCGUCGUCAACACCUCCAGCAAAGCGAAAGGGACCCCUCUGUUUCUGGCUAUCGAGUCUGGUGAUAUCUCGAUAGUUCUCACGCUGCUCAAACACGGUGCCAGCGUAACUCGGUCGACUGACGGCACAUCACCACUAAGCCUCGCCGCCUCCCUCGGGUAUAAGGAUAUGGUAAACCUUCUACUAGAGUAUGGCAGGGAGGAGCUGAGGAAGCCUUACAUCUUGGAAAGGGCAUCUCGCGCAGGGGAGAAACAAGGCCACCAAGAGAUUGCUAUGAUGCUCGCAGAAGAAGCACGUUCUUUCGACUCAUCCAAGGAGAGCCCGCCACCAGGAGACCCGGCACCACCGGGAAAUCACCGAAGCAUACAAAAAUUGGCCCGGUCUAGCGACACCGAUUCAAUCACAGAAGGCGAUUUCUUUAUUCCCGUCUCUCCAGUUCCAGGCGAGACGACGAUUAAUGGUGAUGGGUAG